CUAGAGGGUAGAGUGUUUUACUCAUUUGCUGCAGAAAAUUAAAAAAAUCAUAAUUAAAGGAAUUUCCACGUAAUUUUUUAACUAAAUUCACAUAAACAUGAAGUGCAAAAUACCCGAAAUAUCAUGGCAUAAUCGUGAUCCAGUAUUAAGUGUCGAUAUACAGCCCAAAUCCUCGGAUAACAUUUACCGUUUGUGCUCGGGUGGAACAGACGCUCAUGUUCUAAUUUGGUACAUGAAAUUGACGUCUGGUGACCAUGGCGAUAUUGAAUUGGAUUUAGCCGCUGAUUUAACUCGCCAUCAAAGAGCUGUUAAUGCCGUGAAAUGGUCCCCGAGUGGAGAACUACUUGCAUCUGGGGACGACGAGAGUGUAGUAUUUAUAUGGAAGCAAAAAUCUGACAGUGAACCAAUAAAUAUUUUGGAUCCUGCCAAUGACCAAGACAAAGAAGUGUGGAUCACUUUGAAGGUGUUGCGCGGUCACAUGGAAGACAUCUAUGAUUUAAGUUGGUCUCCAAACUCUCUGUUUUUGGUAUCGGGAUCUGUGGAUAAUUCUGCCAUGGUGUGGGACGUACAAAAGGGCAAAUCAUUGGCCAUAUUGAGUGAUCACAAAGGUUUUGUGCAGGGUGUAGCUUGGGAUCCGAAAAAUCAAUACAUAGCCACACUAAGCACAGAUAGGUAUUUACGUAUUUUUGACAUACAGUCGAAGAAAGUACUACAUCGCAUCAGAAAAGGCACACUGCCCGUUCCAGAGGGCAAUGAUUUGCAUGGAAAAACAAUGCAUCUCUUUCAUGAUGAUACACUUCAAACGUUUUUCCGUCGCCUUUGUUUUACACCAGAUGGAAAGCUUUUACUUACACCAGCUGGCGUAACAGAUUAUGAUGGAUGCACCCAUCCCCUACAUACUACAUAUGUGUUUAGCCGUUUCAACUUCCGUCAACCGGCUAUAGUUCUACCCUGUCCCGAACAAUACACGGUGGCUGUACGUUGUUCUCCACUGCUGUAUCGCCUUCGGCCGCAUGAUGAAGAAAAGAACCCACCCGUUGUUCCGUUGCCAUAUCGUAUGAUAUUUGCUGUGGCAACGAAAAGUUCAGUUUACUUCUAUGAUACUCAACAGAAGCAACCGUUUGCAUUAAUUUCCAAUAUCCAUUAUACUCGUUUAACGGACAUAGCCUGGUCGAAUGAUGGCCGUGUUGUGGUAGUUUCCAGCACGGAUGGUUUUUGUUCGCUUAUUACAUUCGACGAGGGAGAAUUGGGCGAAGUGUACGAGGAUACUGAUGCAGUGCUGGAAGCUGCUUUGGCCCAAGUUAUUGCCAAGAAUACAAAGUCAAAGAAAGCAAAGGAUAAUGACGGUAGAAAUCGAAAAUCAUCAGUUGAUGAAAGUAGUGAAUCAAAAGUUGUAGCUACCUCAAAAGAAUCAUCUUUGGAGAAAAUAGACGAAGAAUUAAAACCAAAACCUGCGAAAACGGAUGAAGAAAAACUCAACACUAGGGAAGAUAAAGAUGAUACGCCAAAAGCUACACCAAUUGCCAUUAAACGAAAACCAGGAGGCACGGAAACUGCCAAAGAUUCCACAGAAAAAAAUAGUGACAAAUCUCAGGCUACACUAAUUGCCAUUAAACGUAAACCAGGAGCAAUUGAAAAGGCAGAAGAAGCCACAGAGAAUGGCAAAGACAAAUCACAGGCUACACCAAUCGCCAUUAAACGUAAACCAGGCAGUACAGAAACUCCUCCAAACAAAUCAGAAAAAGAAGCAACACCAAUUGGGAUUAAGCGUAAACCAAGUCAAGGUGAUGCUAAAACUGAGACUUCUGCAACAAAAUCGGAUAAGGAAAAGAAAGCAGAUGCAACGCCUAUUGCCAUCAAACGCAAGCCAGGUCCAGUUAAUACACCAGAAAGCAAAGGUGAAAAAGAUAAACAAAAACCAACACCAAUUGCCAUCAAACACAAACCUGGGCCAGCUGAUGGAAGUGCUAAAGAAAAAGCCGCUACACCCAUUGCUAUCAAACGUAAGCCAGGUCCCGUUGAAAAUCCCAAGGAAGACGAAAAUAAAACUACAGAUGAUGCAGAACAAAAAACUCCGACAAAAAUUCCCAAGCCGGUUAUAAUUCUGGAUAAAGAAAUUUUAAGUUCAGAAGAAAAAUUCGAAUCUCCAGAAAAGAAGAGUCGUCCUGCAACACCUAUAUCGGUGAGACGGCAUCCACGCACACCAAGCACCAGUUCACAGGUCUCCCAAAGUCCCACAACAUUUGCUAAAGCCCUAAAUUCAGUCGCCUCAUCCUCUUCGGUGGAAGAUAAACCUACUAAAACACCAAUACGAGAGAAAAAGGCUACACCUAUAUCAGUGAGAAGGACACCACGCAAUUCCAUAUCGGUUGCACCGGUAAAUACUCCCACUUUAGUCGAGGAGGCUAUGGAUGCUUGGCCUUUAAAUAAAGAAGAGUCGAAUCAACCCCCGACCAAAACUACAACCAUCACAAAGGAAGAUGGUGUUAAACCACUGCCAACAAGCGAUGUUACUUGCGAUCGUACCGAGGACAUUUGUUUAGUUUAUGAGGAGACGGUGGAGGAAGCUCCAGCUAUUUCUUCGUCACAGACAGAAAAUGCUGCUAAGCAAUGUGAAAGUAAGAAUGAAAAUUCAGCAAAGCCUCCAGUAACACCUAGUAAUAAGACUCCAAGGCGAGUGGCUUUAAAGACAAUAUCAACUCCGAAAUCAAAAAAGAAAUUGUUAGAUUAAGAGAAAUAAAUGAUGCAAUUUGUUGCUAAUGUUGGUAUUAUUUCUGAAAUAUGUAGUUAUAAGAUUUGUCGAAUCUAUAAAUAUAAUGUUCUUUUGGUUUACAA